AGGCCCCCACCACGCGGCCUCGAACCACCUAUAAAUACCGAAACGCAACUAUUCUCACGCCAUUCCACAUUUUGCCUUUAACUCAACUCAAAUAUCCUCCUCCUUAAAGUUACGAAAAAAGUUUUUGUGUAUUUACCAAGUGAUUUAAAGUGAUUAUGGCGCCAACGGCAUUUAUGGUUCAAAACGAAUUUGGUGAAGAACCAAUUUCGAGAACUUACCAAUACCGAAAAGUAAUGAAACCGAUGUUGGAGCGAAAACGUCGUGCGAGAAUCAAUCGUUGUUUAGAUGAAUUAAAAGAAUUGAUGGUCUCCGCCUUACAAAACGAAGGGGAAAACGUAUCGAAGUUAGAAAAAGCCGAUAUCCUCGAGCUAACAGUUCGUCAUUUACACAAUUUGAAAAGACAACAUCAAUUGGUUGUAACCACCGAUAGUUCGUACGCGGAUCGUUUUAAAGCGGGAUUUUCGCAGUGUGCCCAAGAAGUUAGUCAUUUCAUCGCCGCACCAACGAAGUUGAUAGAUCCGGCUUCCGGGAGAAAAUUAAUGCAACACUUAGGAACUUGUGUACGACAAUUAGAACAAUCGCCGCAACAAAAUAAUAAUAAUAAUUCGUAUCCGCAUCCGAGUUAUUCACCGCCAAUUACGCCGAAUAACAAUAAUUGCAAUAAUAAAGGUUUCGAUGAGCAACAAGUCCGUCACCAAGUUCAACAAAAUAUGUGGAGACCGUGGUAAUAAUAGUAAUAACAAUAAUUGUUAAAAAAUAAUUUAAAUUGUCUUCCACUACGAUUUUUUUAUAUUUUUGUAAACUUAUAGCUUUACUACUGUGAUAAUAUUUGCUCUAAGAUGAUCAAUGAUGUUGUUUUUUCUCUUUAAUUAAUUUUGUAUGUACCUGAUCGUGAUAAUGUAAAAUAAAAAUAAGAUACUUUGUGGUAUUUCGUUAGGUUUAAGUUUUAAAAAUAAAGAAAUUUUAAACAUUAA